AUUGUUUUUCGUUUGAUAUGAUAACAGUUUGUAAUAUCAGAGAAGAUGGGGAACUACGAGAAACUGGAGGGCAGUUCCUUGGGGAAGAUAACGGAUGAGCUGCCCAGCCAUGGACACCGUAGUUGGAACCUGCGAACUUUGGUCUGCUGGAGUGCUUUGUUGUCGUCUUUGUUGUGCCUCUUCCUCGGAUUCAUUGGUAUGGGUUUGCUGCGGCUCCAAACUGAGGAAUUCCACAAGGUGGUGGAGCAGCGACUGGUGUGCUACUAUGCCAGCGAUGGCAACCACAACCUCAGCCUUUUGGAUGUUCCCGGCGAACUGUGCACCCACAUCAAUAUCGGGCCCGCCACUUUGGAUAAUGCCACCAUAGUUCUUCCCGAUACCCUAAGACAGGUGCUACAGAACGACAGCCGAUCCUAUCGUGCUGCCCACCCGCAGGUUCAUCUGCUUCUCUGGAUCGGCGGAGCCGACAGCGGACGGCAAUUUGCCCUCAUGGUGGCGAACCACGCCAUGCGGAAGGUGUUCCUGCGCUCGCUCCGCGAAAUAUUGCGCACCUAUCCCAGUUUGGACGGCAUCGAUCUGGACUGGGAGUUCCCGAGUGCCUACGACCGUGAGAGAAUGCAUCUCUCGCAGCUGCUUUACGAGAUUAGAACGGAGUGGCGACGCGAAAAGCGUCCCAAUAAUAUUCUCUCGCUGGCGGUGGCUGCUCCCGAGGGUAUCGCCUUCUAUGCCUACGACAUCCGAGAGCUAAAUCUGUACGCAGACUAUGUAAAUCUGAUGUCCUACGAUUUCCACUUUUACCGCGAGGACACACCCUUUACCGGCUUAAAUGCUCCACUUUAUGCCCGCUCGCAGGAACGUUCGCUAAUGGCCACGUUCAACAUCAAUUACACGGUUCAGUGGUGGCUGAAGAGCGGCCUGGAGCCACAGCGGUUGGUUGUGGGUCUGCCCACCUACGGACACUCUUUUACAUUGGUUAAUCCCCUAAAUCACCGCAUAGGAGCUCCUGCUUCGGGUUACGGAAAAUGUGGCCAACUGGGCUUCACCACACUGUCCGAAACUUGUGAGUGUGCCGCCAAGUAUUUCAAACCCAACUUGUCCUACGAUGCCGACAGUUGUUCCCCAUAUUUAAGCGCUCUGCAGGAGUGGAUAUCCUACGAAAACCAAACGAGCAUCGCCUGCAAGGCCAACUAUGUAAAGUCCCUCAAUCUGGGCGGCGUUAUGGUCUUCUCCCUGAACACCGAUGAUCUCAGGAACUCAUGCAGCUUUUUGCCAAACUCGAAAUACAACGAGAAACCUGUAUUUCCUCUAACCCAGGCCAUUAAGGACGUCCUACGGGAGUCGCUGUGAUUACUCUGUAUU